AUGCAGCAAACUUUUUGGCAGUGCAUCAUACGUUCAAGAGACUGUUUAGUGCUUCAUCACAUCUCCGAUGAGAAGAAGAGGUUGCUGAUGCUGGUGGUUAGGUUCUUGUGUCUGGAUCUCCUGAAGGAUCCAGUGACCAUCCAGUGUGGACACAGUUACUGUAAGAGCUGUAUUACAGACUGCUGGGAUCAGACAAGAGUCUACAGCUGCCCUCAGUGCAGACAGACCUUCAGUCCAAGACCUGCUUUAUGGAAAAACACCAUUCUGGCUGAAAUGGUGGAGAAACUGAAGACGAUUACACUUUCUGCUGACUGUGACGCUGGAGCUGGAGAUGUGCAGUGUGACGUUUGUACUGGAAGAAAAUACAAAGCUGUCAAGUCCUGUCUGAUGUGUCUGAACUCUUACUGUCAGAAUCACCUUGAACAACAUGAGAGUUUCUUCAAAGGAAAGAGACACAAUUUGACUGAAGCCACUGGACGACUGCAGGAGAUGAUCUGCCAGAAACAUGAGAAGCUCCUUGAGGUUUUCUGUCACACUGACCAGAAAUUUAUAUGUAUGCUGUGUCCGAUGGAUGAACAUAAAAACCACGACACUGUAUCAGCUGCAGCACAGAGGACAGAGAAACAGAAGCAGCUGAAGGAGACACAGAAGACGUUCCAGCAGAGAAUCCAGCAGAGAGAGAAA